AAUUAUAAUAAGUAACUAGUUUUUGUAGUUGUAUUAACAUAACUAUACAAGUGCAUAAAGGCAUUUAUAUAAAAACAAAAUGUAUAGAAAAAAUAUAGUAGAAUUAGUUAUUAUAAGUAAAGGCACAAUAAAAUAUUUACCUGUGAAAAGAUAUAUUAGAUAUUCCAUCUUGUUUUAAUUUUCCAGAAUAAUUGACACACGUAGAAACUGCACAAACGGAACCACCUUUAUGUUUAUUGGUUGUAGCCAUUAUUAAUAUUGCGUACCAAUAAACAAUUUAAAAUGCAAAUUACAAAUUUUAAAAAGAUAAUGAUAAUCAAAUAAACGCUGUAAACAGUGUAAACUGUAAAGGCAAAAAAGGCUAAAUAAUAAAAGAAAGCAUGCUAUCCAUGCUUUUAAUGCUUAUCAUAGUGUAGUAUGUACGACGAUUACGUCAAGGCGCAAAAUACCCCCACUCCUAUUUUUUCAAUAUUUCUUAAGUGAGGCAACCUUUAGUAUAUUCUAUAAACCUUGAUUUGAUCCCACGAGUCGAUAAAAAAAAAGCCUUAAGGGACAAAUUGAUCCCUCAUAGGCCAUAGCCCACUUGGAAAUUCUACUGAGGGACAAAAAUGGUUCUGUGUUAAAAUAAAUUUCUAUAUAAUAUAAUACAAUCGCUUCUCAAAAUAUGGUAUUCUUGCAUUUACCUAACCAAUUGUAAAUUUUAUUAUUUAAGUUUUUAGUUUUAAACGCAAAGACUCUUUUAAAUAUCAUAUAAACUUCAAAUCAUUUUUUUUAAAAACUAAAAAUUUGAGUUGUUCCAGAGGUGCGACGUAUAAAAAAUUGUAAUCGGAGUAUCGGACACACCGAAGUAUCGCUUAUCGGUCUAAAAUGUAUGAAAAAUGUGUGCUGCGAUUAAUGUCCCACAUAUGCCGCCGCCAAAGUCGUCGAAAAAACCGAAGAACGGCGUACCGGUGGCGAUUGGACCAUGCAACCCUGGUACCACAUAGUCGGAAUUUUGACAUUUUUGAAUUAUUCCAGGUGUCCAUUUUAUUUGUCGUUAGUUGGUGAACAAAAAUGGUUUCGUACUUCAAGUAACAAUCAUGUUAAUACUCCUAAACUUGCGUAGUAUCAUUAAUUUGGUUCAACGUACAUGCGGCUUCUUCGACGCCGUGAUUAAGUGGAGCGCUGGAAUUUGGUGUGGCCUGACGGGAAACUUCGUGGAUGACGGGACGACAUUAGCGGCUACGCCCCGGCAGCCGUCAGAAAUGUGUGCUCCUCCACCGAUACGGCAGACACCACAGCCUGAUGCAGUCGUCGGAGAGCCGGAGGACAACGAUGACACGCUGCACUUCCGCUACUACGUGGGGCCGGCCCUCUUCUGCACUCAGCCCAUGCCGCCUCCAGCGAGUGCCAUAAUUGCGGCAAAUUUUUCAUAUCCGCCGCCGCCACUGCCGGAGUACUACAUUGGACCUACAGUAUUCGACAUCAUGGGGCCACCGCCGUUGGCGUGUUGCGUGGUGGCAUCAAGAUUUUGUUAUCCACCGCCGCCGCCCCCGUGUCCAGGGCAGGGUCGGACUGGCCUAUGCAACAGACUGGCAUUAGCCAGUGAGGCGCCCUUAUCUGUAUGACUCUAUA